GUGACACCCUUUUCCAAGUUGCAUUAUUAUGGAGUUGUCUGAUCUCAUCCAGACAUCCCAAGUGGAGAAUGUCCGUGUUCACUGCCCUUUUAAGCCCCCAAUGAUAGGUACGCUGUGUGUAAGUAGCCACCACCUACUUCUCUGCGACGCUUCUGUAGGUGACAGAGAUAAAAGAGAGGAUAUCGCUGAGUUGUGGCUUUUGCAUUGUGCAGUGGAUAAAGUGGAAAAAAGUGUUCAGAAUAUAGGGCGUUUGCAAAACACAGAGAAUGGGCAAGAGAUGGAUGUUGAAUCUGGCUCAGGAACAGUCACUCUCAGAUGCAAGGACUUACGGGUAAUACACAUGGAGAUCCCAGGGAUGGAAGAAACACUGAACAUAGCUCGUUCUGUGCAGGCCCUCUCUUCACUGGAUAUAGUCACUCUGAGUUACCCGUUUUUCUUCAGGCCUCCUGGGUACAGCUUGGGGCAUGGGUGGCCACGAGAUACAAUGGAAAACUUCUACCACAAAAUGAGAGCUGAGACAGAUGACUGGAGAUUGAGUGAAGUGAAUUUGGAUUUUAAGAUUUGUCCCAGUUAUCCAGCAAAGGUUAUUGUGCCCAGAAUCUGCUCUGAUGAGACCCUGCAAAAGGCAGCGGCUUUCAGACAAGCUGGACGAUUUCCUGUCUUGAGCUACUACCACAGCGCCAACCAAACGGCAUUGCUACGCUCUGCCCAGCCUCUUUUUGGCACAGCCCCACAUCAUUGUAAACAUGAUGAAGCUUUGCUGAAUGCAGCACUAAUGGAGCAAUCUUCUGGUUUCAUUAUUGACACCCGCUCUGCCCAGGAAGCAAAACAAGCCCGGAAUGAAGGCGGUGGAACAGAGAGUAAAUCCAGGUAUCGGAACUGGAGAGUACUCCAUCGCCCCCUAGAGAGAGGCCAUGCACUGCAGGAUAGUCUGGUCCGGCUUGUUGUUACGUGCUAUGACCCUUCCAUAGGAAUGACUCGUUGGCUCAGCAAGUUGCAGGCUGCACGUUGGCUUUCACAUGUCAAGGAAGCCUUAAGCACUGCAGGACUGAUUGCUGAAUGUAUAGAGAGGGAAUGCGCUAAUGUGCUUGUGCAUGGAGAAGACGGCACAGAUAAUACCCUACUGUUGACAUCCCUUGCUCAGCUCAUCCUGUGCCCAGAGAGUCGGACAAUGGAUGGAUUUCAGGACCUUAUUGAGCGAGAGUGGCUACAGGCUGGACACCCUUUCCAACUGCGUUGUGCCCAAUCUGGAUGGUCCCAGAGCCGGGCUCAGCAAGAAUCCCCUCAUUUUUUGCUUUUUCUAGACUGCUGCUGGCAGCUUGGGCGGCAGUUUCCUAGAGCACUAGAAUUUAAUGAGAGAUUUCUAUGUACACUGGCAACUCAUGCAUACAGUUCAGAGUAUGGAUCAUUCUUGUGCAAUAAUGAGAAAGAAAGGUGAGGUGUUUUUUUUCUCUGAAUUUUAUAUGGAAUUACAUGUAGAACCUGCCAGAUGCAUGCAGGCACUAGGUUGGAAGACACAUCAUUGAGAACAGAUGGUGAAAAUCACUUUCAGGUUUUAUUUAAGUACCUCAAAAAAGUCUGUUAGCAUGGCCACAGGUAUUAAAUCCCCAAUCUAGAAACCCAUUACCAAAAAUGCUACAAAUUACAGGAACGUUCAAUAACACACACUGUGCACCCUGAAACUAUAGUGCAGGGCCUUUCUCUUCUUUCAGAACAAAUUACAGGAAGGCUACCUCCCAUAGAGUCCAAUUUUAGCAAAAAUAACAUAUUUAUCUUUAAAGGAGAAGUUAAGUCAUUUUGGCAGUUUACUGCCAAUAGAUUUGCCACUUUAGUUCCACCUAGAACACUACAUUUAUUCUGCAGAAACUAUUACCAUACCUGAUUAGACAGCCCUAGAAGCUUUCUCUGUUUGUGUUAGACAGAAGCUGCCAUUUUAGCUUGGUCUUUAUAGCUUCCUGCUGUAUAGCUCUAGCCAUUAUAGCUCAGAUUACACAUUCCUAUGGGAGGGGGAGGGAGUUCUUAGCAUUCUUAUGGGAGGGGGGAGCAGGAGAGAGGAAAAAACUGUGCAGAAUCUGGCCCCAGGAAUAAAGGAUUUUUGUAAGAGAGGAGGUCAGAUACCCUAAGAAUAUAUUUACAAAAAAAGGAGACAAGAAAUUCUGUGUUUCUUUUGAUAGAGGAAGCAUUUCUGUAAGUGCUUAUGGCUCUAUUUACAUAGACCUUUCUGAUAAAGCUUACUUAGUUUUUCCUACUCUUUUAAAAAUUAAUUCCUUUUAAUCCUUAACAGACCAGUAGCUUGUACUUGAUGGUAACUAAGCUGCAUUAAUCAAUAUUGGUGACAAAACAAUCCUAUUGUGUUUUUUUUUUAGCAGACAUAAGAUAUGGUUAUCCAAAUUAUGGAAUGAUCUUAGAUUAGGAACCCAGGUCCUGAGCAUCCUGGACAAUAGAUCCUAUACCUGCCCUCUUUAUUGCAUUAACUUCAAAAAGUCACAAUUAUUUUCCCACCAGAUGUCAGUAUGAGGUGCAAGAUCGGACACACUCGCUGUGGGGUCACCUUAACCAGCCAAAAGAGCGACAGCAGCUUCUGAAUCCAAUAUAUCAAGAAAAUCCUUUAGUUAUCUGGCCUUCUGUUGCACCACAAAGCUUACAGUUAUGGGCAGGUUUCUUUCUUCGAUACCUGCUACCCUUAGAACACACAGAAAUGGCAUGGAUGAAGAUGGUUGAGCUCACAGGAGCAUAAAAAAUGCCUCCGACAGAAACAAUAACUUUAGAGGUUAAAAUAAAGUCUCAGUGCCCACGUGUCCAGUAUAUCAAAAGAUUGGAGGGGAAACAAAAAGGUACAAAUGGCUAUCUAAACAAAUGUAGUACACAAAGAUAAGUUAAAGGCAGUUUAUUUCUCAUACUGUCAGAUGUUGUUUCAGAGGGAAAAUACAAACCACCCCUGACAUCAAAGCAUAAAUCCAUUUAAUAGAAAUUCAUGCCUGUUGCUUUGUCCUGGAUUAAUGAUAAUUGCAGUAUGUUUCCAACCUGAGAAGCUGCAUGUGAAUUAAAGGAUGUAAUUACUGAGCCCUCUCUGUAUAGCACACCCAAUGAUUAAAGUGAUACUGACACUAAAAAACUACUCUCAAAUAUUAAAGUACAGUAAAAGUUACCUAUAGUUCUAGUUGAUAGUCUGCUUUUCUAAGCAAUGGUUACUUGAAGAUCCUCAAUAUGACUGUUUUACCAACCUGUCAGAGUUUUAAAUGCUAAAAGACUACUGCAGCCCCCUCACAGAGGAAAAAGGGGGAUGACAUAGGUAAUGUAAAAGCAUUGGCCAAAUACUUUUAAGGCAAAAUUAUAAAUAGCAUGCAAAAAAAGUGUUACAGUAGAUUUCUUGUGUCACUAUCUCUUAAAAAUGCAUUGUGUUAUUUUCCUUCCCACAGAUAAAUGUAUGUGAAACAUUUUGGUGGGGAAAGAACAGUGGCA